AUGUCAGAUAGAUCUCCAGAUGAAGGUAAUAAUGUGCCUCUCACAGACAGUUCCCUUAUUGUGGAUAUUUCUGAUGCGCUCAGCGAAAAAGACAAAGUUAAAUUCACUGUCCACACUCGCACUUCAAUGAAGAAUUUCCAGAAACAAGAAUUUUUAGUAGUCAGACAACAUGAAGAGUUCAUAUGGCUUCACGAUCGUUAUGAAGAAGAGCCUAAAUAUGCGGGAUAUAUUAUCCCACCACCACCACCCCGUCCAAAUUUCGAUGCUUCUCGUGAAAAGUUACAACGCUUAGGUGAAGGGGAAGGUACCAUGACCAAAGAGGAAUUUACGAAAAUGAAACAAGAAUUAGAGGCGGAAUAUCUCGCCACCUUCAAAAAAACGGUUGCAAUGCACGAAGUAUUCCUCACUCGAUUAGCUAGUCAUUCCAUAUUUAGAGAAGACCAACACCUUCAUGUUUUUCUCGAAUAUGAUCAAGAUUUGUGUGCCCGUCCUAAAGGGAAGCUCCAGCAGUUGGGAGGUCUCAUAAAGUCAGUAGGAACCACUACUGAUCAGUAUUACCUAAACGCUACAGUUAGAGAUGUGAACGAUUUCUUUGAACAGCAGAUGAACUCGUUAACGGAGUACCACAAUCAGUUAAAGGAUGCAACUUAUCGGACUGAUAAGAUGACUGAAAAGCACAAAGAACUAGCCGAUAGCUAUAUUAAAAUAUCCGGGGGAUUAAUUCAACUAGCUAACAGUGAUAACGGAAGACUAGAUAAAUAUUUGUCAAGGGUAUCUGAUACAUUCGAAAAGGUUAGGAAAUUAGAAAGUCGAGUGGCUAGCGAUCAGGAUCUAAAGUUGGCCGAUACACUUCGAUACUAUAUGAGGGACAGCCAAGCUGCUCGAGCUCUUCUGGUGCGCCGACUUAGGUGUUUGGCAAAUUACGAAAAUGCCAACAAAACUCUCGAAAAAGCCCGUCAUAAAAAUAAGGAAAUUCACGCGGCGGAGAAAGCUCAAUCUGUUGCAUGUGAACAAUUCGAAUCGAUAUCUGCCCAAGCCAAGGAAGAAUUACUCGAUUUUAAAACUAGAAGGCUACACGCAUUUAGAAAAAGUUUGAUAGAAUUGGCCGAAUUAGAAAUUAAGCAUGCUCGUAGUCAACAUGAUCUACUGAAAAAAUCUAUAGCUAAUCUCAAUGAGUUACUUUGA